AUGUGUUCUCCCAAGAAAACUACUGCCACAGGCAUCAGGUAACUAACUGGAUUUUAAAAAAGGCAAUCUAGGCUAAUUGGUUAUUCUGGUAAUUGAUUUAAAAUGAAUGAUUCACAAACUAGUAUUUAGACUGUUGAGCUGCAUACUAUAACUCUUGUAGUUGUAGGCUAAGCGUUUAUGUGGGUUUAGUAUUUAUGUUAGUUGUAAGAGGUUGUUCACUGACGUUAAUUACGGCAUAAUAAUAAUCGUUUUUCCUCUGACUGAGAAACAAGAAACCCUCUGAUGCAUGCACGUGUUACCACCUCAUCCUGUUAUUAACUCCUCCUGUGUGUUUUUGUUCCACACAGAUUGCAUUGUAAAUGUCUGAGAAACCUAGAGCCCAGUAUGAGGAAGGCGACCAGGCCAGUGGCUGGCAUAUCCAAAGCCACGACAGCAGGCACUAAGGCCCAGACUGGGGAGAGAGUCAAGCCUGAGGGCGCUACCAUGGGCACAGCUGGCAGGAAUACAGCCAAGACCUCCGCCACCGCACCACUCUCUAAGGUACAAAUGCAGAAGGCACAAGCAAGUAACCUUGCGAGCACUUUGGCUACAUGCUGAGAACAACCAUGGAAGCCGAUUAUCUUUAUAGGUCCAAUAGGUGGUGUGUUAACUGUCAUCUUUCUCUUUGGCUAGGCGAAGAGCAGUGAUGACUUGCCAUCAGCAACAACAGUAGGCAGUGGAGCCUCUGCUGGGAUCAGCACUGUUGCUAAGGCCAAGAAGACUAGCUCUGCCCACUCUUCAACCUCCUCCACUACAGGUACCAGUAACACAGAGGGCAAGACAAAGACCAGCUCAGGUACAUCAACCAUAGAGCUAUUUACAGAUUAUAUAUUCUGGUUUGUGAUUAGCUCUAACCCAACUUCUUGACCUUCAAUAACGUGCUGUAUUGUACUCCUUAGGCAAGCGUGGGACCUCCUCGGUGGUGAAGGAGCCCGGUUCAUCCCGGGAGGGCCUGCGAGAACGCUCCAGAACUGGCACCGCCAGCAGGAAGCUCUCCGGACCCUCGGACGCCUUGGCACCGCCCAAGAGAGUCCGCAGCCGGGCCAUGACUGAGUCCGAGUCCCAUAUGAGCAAGUCCAGGUCGGACGGGCAGCUCAGCAACAAGACGGUCCUGGAGAGCAGGGUGAAGGACCUGCUGGGCCUGGCUAAGAGCAAAGACGUGGAGAUCCUCCACCUGCGCACAGAGCUGCGGGGCAUCUGUCUCCAGCUAGGCCUGCCGGAGGAGGAUGGGGGGAGCAGAGAGAGGGGUGAGGGAGAGGAGACUGCUGAGGCUGAGCCCCUACAAGAACAGGAGAAAGAAGACCCUACUCCACUCAUCUCUACAGACGUUGAGUCCACCCUGCUCUUGCUGCAGGACCAGAACCAGGGGAUCCGCGGGGAGCUGAACAUGCUGAAGAGUGAGAACCGCAUGCUGAAGGACCGCCUCAAUGCCCUGGGUUUCUCCCUGGAGCAGAGGCUGGACUGCCCCCUCAAAGCCCUGCGAGGCCCCUGCCUCAGCCCAGAGCUUCUCCCAGCCAGCAGUGGCAGAGAUGGAGGGUUCCCACGGGCCUCUUUUCUACAUGGGGUCUCCCCACACGGCUCUGCCCGCAGCUCCAACGAAGACCUUCUGGACCCCCGGCAAGCUAUCUCCCCUGAGGCGGCCGACAGCGAGUGCAGUGAAGCCUACCAGCCAAUCACCUCCAGCGAUGAUGCCCUGGACGCUCCCUCUGGCUCUGCCUCUGCCUGCUGCUCCUCCUCCUCCGAGUCAGAGGGCGGGCCACCGAAUCACGGCGAGCGCUCCUGUAGAGGCAGCAGAGGCAGCAGUGGCAACACCAGCGAGGCGUCGGUGGCCUGUCUAACGGAGCGCAUUCACCAGAUGGAGGAGAACCAGCACUGCACCUCUGAGGAGCUCCAGGCCACACUACAGGAGCUGGCCGACCUGCAGCAGAUCACUCAGGAACUAAGCACAGAGAACGAGCGGCUGGGCGAGGAGCGGGCCAUCCUGGUGGACUCUUUGUGCCAGCAGGGCGACCGGCUGGAGUUGUACGGCCGGCAGAUGGACUACUUCCGGGGCCUGCUGGACGAGCACCGCGUGACCUAUGCCCCAGUCGACGAGGAGGACAUUAAGAGCGGCCGCUACCUGGAGCUGGAGCGCAGCUACGUGGACCUGACUGAUGGCACCCACUUCGAGAGGGAGCAGCUGUUGGGGGUGCAGCAGCACCUGAGUGGGGCGCUGAAAAUGGCCGAGCAGGACAACGCAGAGGCCCAGGGCCUGAUUUCAGCGCUAAAGGAGCGGGUGCACAUGGCGGAGCGGCAGGCUGAGAUGGAGCGCAGGGAGAGGGCAGCCGCGGCCACAGAGCUGGAGGUCCUGAGGGAGGCGGCCGGGGGGGAGCAGGCGGAGCUGGCUCGAUGCAGGGCCCAGCUGGAGCAGGAGAGACAGAGGGUGGCUGAGCUCUACUCCAUCCACAAUGCCAGGGAUAAGACGGACAUCCGCCACAUGCUGGAAAGCGAGAGGAGGGACAAGGAGAGGGCAGAGGCCGAGUCUGCUCAGCUGCAGGAGGAGCUGGACCACACCCGCAACGAGGCCGCCAGGCUGGAGGACGGCAUCAGCAAGGUCACACGUUCUCAUAUUUAAACAUGCUUUCAUUUCAGAUUCUCCAUCAGUCUUGGAUAUUUUUGUUAGUAUUUCACCCAAUUCAUAUGUUGGUAUGUAUGAAUGUAUAAAUGUAUAUGACACGUGUGCUCAUGCAUACACCUAUGCAUCCCAUUCACCCAUCAGCUGGAGGAGAACUUCCGUGCGUUUCGUGAUGAGGUACAGAAGCAGCUAGCAGAGCAGAAGCGGGCCCUGGCCCAGCAGUGUUCUGAGCUGGAGGAGAGGGACACAGAGGUCUCGGACAUGAAGGAGACCAUCUUUGAGCUGGAGGACGAAGUGGAGCAACACCGAGCCAUCAAACUCCACGACAACCUCAUGAUCACAGACCUGGAGAGUGAGUGGUGGAUUGACAUGACUGCAUCCCAAAUUGCACCCUAUCCUAUAGGACAGGGUUGCCCAACCCUGUUCCUGGAGAGCUACCCUCCUAUAGGGUUUCGCUCCAACCCCAGGUGUUACUAACCUGAUUCAUCUUAUCAACCUGCUAAUUAUUAGAAUCAGGUGUGCUAGAUUAGGGUUGGAGCAAAAACCUACAAGACGGUAGCUCUCCUGGAACAGGGUUGGGCAGUCCUGCUAUAGGGCGUUCACUCACUGCUGUACAAUAUAGAGAAAAAUUGAGCAAUUCAAGAGGGUGCUACGAAAUUAAUGUCAAAACGUUGUUUUCUUUGCCCUAUGUCAUUAUAAAUGACAUAGAAUGAAUCAUUAGAUUGUUCUCUACAAUAUUAUAACCUUAAUAUACUUGUACUUGACAAUGUUGAUGAAAUAAGAACAUUAAUUUGCUGUGACCAUUGCCGCUCUUGGUUGUAUAUCUUCCAUAUUUGGUGAUGUGAGGUGGUACCAUUUGGAGGUGUUUCCGCUGGUUGGAAAAAUCAACUUGAUGCCUUCGUCAUUUUCACCUCCAGAUCCUUGGCUUUCAUUGCCUAUAACCGCGAUCAAUCUACUUGAGAGGGGCCAUUUCUAUGGCGAUUUAAAGGGAAAGACUCAGAAAUACACAAUAUAAACAGGAACAGAUUGUCUUCGCGGAGGGUGGAUAUUGACUUUGUAAAUAAAUAUAUAUUUAGUCUCUAUUUAGUUUUGUAUCAGCGGAUUACAUUUAGAAAAUGCCGAUGUUUUCACUCACAAACUCAAGCUUGUCAGUUGACGUUCGAAGUUAGUACCGUUCUGCCGUGGAGCAGCGCCACAGUUCUAUUGAGCAGUGACCACUUUUUGAUCGUGCCUGUGAUGACAUUCCAUUCACUCUAAACAUGCUAUAUUCUCAGAGUAAAUCGCUGUUAACUUUUGAACCAUAUACAGUGCAUUCAGAAAAGUAUUCAGACCCCUUCCCCUUUUCCACAUUUUGUUACGUUACAGCCUUAUUCUAAAAUUGAUUUAAUACAUAUGGGGUAUUGUGUGUAGAUUGAUGAGGGGGAAAAAUUUAUUUAAAGUAAAAAACAGAAAUACCUUAUUUACGUAAGUGUUAUAAGACUCAAAAUUGAGCUCAGGUGCAUCCUGUUUCCAUUGAUCACCCUUGAGACGUUUCUACAACUUGAUUGGAGUCCACCUGUGGUAAAUUCAAUUGAUUGGACAUGAUUUGGAAAGGCACACACCUGUCUAUAUAAGGUCCCACAGUUGUCAGAGCAAAAACCAAGCCAUGAGGUCGAAGGAAUUGUCCGUAGAGCUCCGAGACAGAAUUGUGUCGAGGCACAGAUCUGGGGAAGGGUACCAAAACAUUUCUGCAGCAUUGAAGGUCCCUAAGAAUAAUAAUAUGCCAUUUAGCAGACGCUUUUAUCCAAAGCUACUUACAGUCAUGCGUGCAUACAUUUUUUGUGUAUGGGUGGUCCCGGGGAUCGAACCCACUACCUUGGCAUUACAAGCGCCGUGCUCUACCAGCUGAGCUACAGAGGACCACAGUGGCCUCCAUCAUUCUUAAAUGGAAGCAGUUUGGAACCACCAAGACUCUUCCUAGAGCUGGCACCUAAAGGAUUCUCAGACCAUGAGAAACAAGAUUCUCUGGUCUGAUGAAACCAAGUAUUGAACUCUUUGGCCUGAAUGCCAAGCGUCAAGUCUGGAGGAAACCUGGCACCAUCCCUACGGUGAAGCAUGGUGGUGGCAGCAUCAUGCUGUGGGGAUGUUUUUCAGCGGCAGGGACUGGGAGACUAGUCAGGAUCGAGGGAAAGAUGAACGGAGCAAAAUACAGAGACAUCCUUGAUGAAAACCUGCUCCAGAGCGCUCAGGACCUCAGACUGGGGCAAAUGUUCACCUUCCAACAGGACAACGACCCUAAGCACACACCAAGACAAUGCAGGAGUGGCUUCGGGACAACUCUCUGAAUGUCCUUGAGUGGCCCAGCCAGAGCCCGGACUUAAACCAGAUCGAACAUCUCUGGAGAGACCUGAAAAUAACUGCAUCGUCGGUUCCCAUCCAACCUGACAGAACUUGAGAGGAUCUGCAGAGAACAAUGGGAGAAACUUCCCAAAUACAGGUGUGCCAAGCUUGUAGCGUCAUACCCAAGAAGACUCGAGACUGUAAUUGUUGCCAAAGGUGCUUCAACAAAGUACUGAGUAAAGGGUCUGAAUACUUAAGUAAAUGUGAUAUUUAAGUUCUACAAACCUGUUUUUGCUUUGUCAUUAUGGGGUAUUGUGUGUAGAUUGAUGAGAAAAAAAUAACAAUUUAAUCAAUUUUAGAAUAAGGCUAUAAUGUAACAAAAUGUUGAAAAUGUCAAGGGGUCUGACUACUUUCCAAAUGUACUGUAUGGUAGAGACAUGAGGUUUGGACUAUUGUUUUUCUGACAGAAUUUUCUAUUGAAUGGACAUAUUUGUAUAAACCUUGAAUUAAUUAAUAAUUUUAUGAGUGAACACCCUAUAUCCUAUUCAUUUCGUAGUGCACUACUUUCGAUCAAGGCCCAUGGGGUUCUGGUCAAAAGUAGUGCACCAUUUAGGGAAUAUGGUUGCCAUUUGGGACAGCCACAGCUCUCCAACGAUGCUGGGCCAAUACUGAAUCAUGAACCAAUGAUAAAGCUGAUGUGUGACCACCAGGUGGCGAUGUGGGACCAUUAUUACACAGCCUAGUCAGAUAGUUUAUCCCAUCUCAAUUAUUUCAUUUAAUUAUUCAUUCUCUCUUUUUCUUUUAGACUCCAUCAAAAAACUGCAGGACCAAAAACAUGACAUGGAGCGUGAGAUCAAGAUUCUGCAUCGAAAGCUACGGGUAAGUUUGGGGAGCUAGAGGAAUAUGGAGUCCUGUGCCUCAGCUAUAUCUCAGCUAAAAGUUUGUUUUAUGUUUUGUUUUGUUUUAGUCAUUUAGCAGAAAGUUGCCCUUUGUAUUGAACAUCCAGUGAAGAUAUUUCACAGUCAUAAUGAAAAUUGGUCUGCUGGUCCUUAGCAUUAGCCCGUGGGUGCAUCCCUAUUCCAUAUAAUGCUCUGGAUAAGGGCGUCUGUUAAAUGACGUAAAUGUAAUGCACUACUUUUCACCUGGGUCCAUGUCCGGUUCAUAUCUCCCCUUGUAGGAGGAGUCUAUGGAGUGGCGUCAGUUUCAGGCCGACCUGCAGACGGCGGUGGUCAUCGCUAAUGACAUCAAGUCCGAGGCUCAGGAGGAGAUUGGGGAUCUGCGGCGCCGCCUACUGGACACACAGGAGAAGAAUGAGAAGAUGAGCAAAGAGCUGGAGGAGCUCAAGAAGUAUGUGGUCUUAGUGUGUGUGUGCCAAUCUCUCCCUGUGUCAAAGACAUUGACGAUAUGUUAUCUGUCUCUAUAGGCAGGAUGAGGAGAGGGGCAGGGUAUAUAACUACAUGAAUGCGGUUGAGAGGGACCUAGCUGCCCUUAGGCAGGGCAUGGGUCUCAGCCGACGCUCCUCUACCUCCUCUGAGCCCUCUCCCACCGUCAAGACCCUUAUCAAGAGCUUUGACAACGCCUCCACUGCAGGCCCUGUCCCAACCUCCCCCACAGCAGCCGUGCCAGCAGUUAACACAACGAUUGCCCGUACACCUCUCAGCCCCAGCCCUCUGAAAACCCCACCCGCUGCUGCUAUCUCUCCCAUACAGGUAAGAAAAACACCCAAAGGUAGACCAGUAGCUCAUAAACAGCACUCUGAAGCACAAUGAUGGUACACUUCACCUUAAUUAACACAUCAUAAAGUUUAUUAGUAAGUUCAUUACUUUAUGUAGGGUAGAGCCCUGCACAGGCAUUAAUUCUAAGACUGAACCUUACCUAUGCCCUUGACGUUCAGGCCCUACCCUACCCAGGCCCAAUUGCUUCUGGCAAAUUUAAGGUCCGACUUCAGAAAUAACCUCCAUUAGUAAAUCCAUUAGCUGCUCUUCUCUGUCUGUCACUCGAUCCCUGUGCGCAGCUCGCUCUGCAUGCGCUCUGCUCAUGGUGACUUUCUCCAGUUCCUCCUUCAGGUUCCUAAGAGAGUGAUAGCAAAAAAGAAAACACUAAAUAUAAUAAGUAUUAAUAAUGCUUUAAGCUAUGCAUAAUUAAAUGAAAAACAAAGUUUGAUAACAUGACGAUUCCCACUCUCCCUUAGUCUGACUCUAUACCUUUGGGAUACUGUUCUGCUGGGGUCCACAAAAAUGAAGGCUAUAAACACCACCUCAUACUUGUACCCAGUCUUCCCCAUUAGUUUACAAAAGGUGUUCCCGCUCCAUAUCAUCCUCACUUUCUCCCCCAUCUCCUCCUUCUCCCUCCAUGGCCACCCAAUAUACACAUGUGGUGGCCUUAAUCAACUACCUCAUCUUGAGGUAAAUCAGCACUGUAUACGCGUUUCAACGCCUUCAGAAGGUGAUAUCCCAGCAAUGCUAACAAGGUAACCCAUGCUACCACUAACACUGCCAAUGAUGCAUACUUCAAGAUACCCCUCAUUUGCUCCGUAGUCCAGUUCCAUGCUGUUAAUAUAGCAUCCUUCAGUUGCUGUCCUUACAGCGACUGCUGUGAGAAUAUCUAUUGCAUUGAAUCUGUUUCCUGCUCCUGAUCUCCUAUUGCCCUUGUGGUUCACCGAUAGAUCUGCGACUGAAUCUUUCAGGUACUCCCUACCUGUCUCCCAACUCCUACCCGACUUUCUAGCCACCAACAUCUCCAAUGACAUCCUAUGUUCUGCUACAGUCGGUAUCUGUGGAUAAUACUUCCCUGUGCUCAGGUUAGGUACACAUCUCUCAUCCCAAGGCCGAACUACACCCCACCCCUUUGUGAACACCCUUGUUACAGUGUAAACUUUGGGUCCCAACGGUUGAUAAGCAGCAACCUUCUGACACUUUCCUUUUAACACUAUCUCUGCUACUCCCACCAUGAUCUGGGUAUGCGUGACGUUCAACUUGUCUUCAUAGUAGUUUCUAUAUUGUGCACAAUUAGCUGUCCUUCCUCUACCACAAGCUAUCCCCUGUAUUACUAUAUACAGAGGAGUAGUAUCAUUCCCCAGAGACUCUAUUACCAACUUCUUGAAUCUAUGAGUCACGCAAAUCUCCGGCCCAGUCAUAUUCAAUUCCGCUUUCCCAAUUCCCUGUAACGUUAACGCCUUGGUUUUUGGGACUCCAUUGAAUGCACUGAUAUCGGUCCUGCCAUAAUCUGCAACUAACACCCUUAUUGAAACAUUGUCUCAGACACAAGCCCCCUAUGUACUUUGCCUCCGGCCACAAAUACAUUUGCACAUGAAUAAUUCCAUCUAACCCAUAACACGUUAAUCACUACUGCUAGUCCAGUUAUAUAGUUAUAAACAUUAAAACGUGUUCAAGUCAAUUAGUCCGUUUCCAACAAUCCUCAUCUGGAACAAUGAUCGCUCACAUGUUCCAUGCCACCUAGAAAACAUAUUGAGUUGAACAGGGAAGAGAAAGAAUACAUGGUAAACAAUUUCACACCACCCUUGAUGAGAAUGAGAUUGGGGCAAGGACCGUCCCUCCGUUCUGUUCUGUGCCAAUGGGAUGCUAGAUCUUCACUGGGCUCCAAUGAAAAUUAGUUCCCUGUUGGUUAUUCCACUCACUUUUACCCAGUCUUCUUCAUCCUCGGGUGUCAAAGCAAGACGCAGACUACGAGCCUUGUAAGUAAUUAAUUGGACUGUAUCAUCCAGAAAGCCGUAUUGAUGCGCUUUAACAUUAGGAUUCUGAUAGCAUGGUAAAACAAAGCCCCUACUAUCAAUGUCCCCAUUAUGGUUAGCCCAAGCUACCAUCUAGUGAGUUCUCUGAUAACCUCCCUCUUGGAGGACACGAAAGAUAAGGUUUCCUGGGAGGAAACCCUCCCUAGACUCAAUGGAUUCUUACAAAUAUUUAAUUAGUUUCGGAAACCACUUGCCGGGUGAGCAGUGCACCCUCCCCUCACUUUGUGCUCUCCUCACAGCUUAGGGGCAGCGCUCUCUCUCUCCUUCUCUCCUUUCCGAAUCAUAAUUAGAACUAUUGAUAUAAAUUAUCCAACCCAAAUUUAGAAUGACAGUCCUUAAUGCUUCACGUUGAGUCUAUCACUCGAAUUCAAGACCCUCAACUUAGCGCACACACCGACACUGGCAGAAUGUACAUUUACAGAUGGGGAAAUAUAUAUACAGUAUGUUCUACUUAUAUUACCAGCAUUAACUUUUCUCAUCACGGCCACCGUUUAUCCCUGAUUUACACUGUCGCAAGUGACAUGUUAAUGACAGAUCGAUAUCUCAAUGCAUUUUUAGUCUAAAUUACAAUUCAUUUCCCAGUGUGCGGUCCCCACAAUCAACCUGAUACCCCAAAUAAACAAUUUAGGGCAACCCUAAAUCAAUUACGGGCAUGGUUGACCACCCCCCUCCUUCCCGGCACUCAUUCUUCUGGCAUAUCUUAUUUUUCUUCUUCAGAUAGCUUUACAGUUCAUCCUCCCAAUGGCACACAUGCCUGUCAAAGUGGAUGGCCCUUGAUAAUGUCCCGAUUUCAAUAUCUGAGGAAUAAUCUGAUUUCCCCAAGCAGACGAAUGCCUCACCUGAGCCGCCACCUCUUUUACGGUCCAUUCUGUCUUGUCCAUUUUCCGACCAGUGCACCAGCAGCAUGAGAGGAGUUUGGGCAUGAUCUCUCUCCAUGCUCACUUCAUGUGGACGGUCUCAGGACUCAUGCCACACUCCUGCUGCCCGUACACCGGUUGCUGGCUUAGACUCAGGUCUCAGGUAGAAGUGGUGAAGGACUGGGCCAUAGUAAACGCCAUUGUCGCCAUUACUUCAGCCGGUUAGAGGGGGUGAGGCUCACACUGUUCUCGGUCGAAUUAUCCCUUCCAUGCAUCUAUAUACCACCCUUGAUGAUAUACCACCCUUGACAACAGUUUAAGGCAUUUCUGAUUCAGGAAAUCCAGACAAAACUAUUCACCGUAUGACUAAUUAUUACAUUCCCACUUUUCUUGAUACAACAUUUCUAAGACAAAUGUCAAAGAGCAUAACAACACACUGUUGAAACCAUUUUGCAAUUUGGCUUAUACUCCCUUAUCAUAUUGGCAACCUCACUGAGUUACAGGGUCUGGGAGUUAGAGUACUAACCUUUAGGGAGAAAUCCCGACCAUACAGCAGGCCCAAUCUUGUGAGAUUUGUAUUGAAGCAAAGACAAAAACAAAACGACUACAGCAAUACACUUCUUCAUAUUAUACUUAAAUCUCACCCAAUGUCUCUAGCCUUUCUGGCAAGGGUGAUCAGGCCACACCAGAAAGUCAGAACAGAGGUCAUUCAACACCAUUAAGUGAGUAUGUUCUUUCCCUGUACUUCAGGCUACUUAUUUAAAGACAUUUCAAACAUUUCCCAAAUCCUGUGUACCCAUUUUACAUUUUGUUUUUUUCAGUACAUUCCUUAUCAGGAGAACUUACAUGUGUGCAACCACAAUUCCCUUUAAGGUGCAUCCUUUCUAGCCCUUGAAGAACCUACUAAAACCAAAUAAAAGACCCCACACAAUUAAAUCAGACACGGUAUUAACACCACUAACAAAUAUUCAUAACAGGUGGGGUGCUGGUGUGUGUGGUAAAACGUACGGCCUUUACGGCCGGAUCCGGGUACUUUAAAACUUUUGGGUUGCUGAUUUAAGGAUGGGGUGUCCCUGUCUCUCCCUUUGAAAUGUUUCCCGAGGCUGUUGUCUUGGGAGAGCAGUUAGUGAAAUUCCGCAGUUUUAUAAAGUAUAAAUUACAAACAAAACAUGAUAAAUUCUGUUCACCGGGAGUCCACUGUCCUCCCUGCACUCAUUCAUCGUUUGUGUUUUAAUCCAUCCCAACGUUUACUGCAUAUACUAUUACCAAUCUCUGUUGGAUAUUCCCUAUUUGCUUCACACUCAUUGAUGUCUACUAUUUUAAGAUAAAUAUGCACUGAAUCGAUUAUUUUGGGGCCCAAUGUAAUCGAAGCAUGCAAAACCAUUUCUGUAGCCUCUACUGCUCUUAGACACGGCGGCAUUCCUCUCGCCACCAAGUCUAACAAUUUAGUCCUGUACAUGACUGUUCUCUCUUUUCCCCAUGAUUUUGCGUAACCACCACACUACAAUGCCCUUCUUACUCAUGAACACAAUUUUAAAAGGUAAUUUUAGGUUUGGUAACCCCAAUGCUGGUGCUUGACAUAAUUGCUUUUUUAAACGGCAAUUACAAUUGUUUCUUUAACUCUACAAACAAUUACUCACAAUAAAAACGUCACUCGAAUUUCUCGUGAGGACCCCUCCUCCCUUUCGUCAAUUCUAUAAAGCGAUUUCAGAAUAAGACGGAAUAAAGUGUCUCACGAGAUUAAAAACCCCCAAGGUUUUCUGAGUUUGCAAGCAGUGUUUGGCCGUGCCAACUUUAACUUGUGACCUUUUAGAAUCCAUUCCCCUGUCAUUUCGCAUAGAUUAUCCAACCCCAAAAUUGGUUCCACACCCGUCGCCAUGUAAAAUGAUCCGGGUGUUGUUAGUGGUUCUAUGGUCAGAGACAUGGGUAGUAGUCGUAUCGCUUUCGAUUCUGCCCGUUACCCCGCUAAUUGUAAUACUUUUUCCUGUCGCACAUUUAGCCUAUGUCGAGCUCCCCUGCCCCGCUACUCUCAAGAGUGUCUGCUGCUGUUCUUUUGUUUAUGCGGCAAACGCCUGCAUCGCAGCAUUCCCUCCAGAGGGAGCGGGUGUAGUAGGCUCCAGGACUACCGUACACUCAUUCUUCCCAUGACCGACAGUCCCACAUGUAAAACAGGGCUCUAUCGCCCUGCGCCUUAGCAUAGGUUCGCUGCCCUUUCCUCUGUUUCUUUGUCUUACCUUGACUGUUGAAACCACUGUUAGUGACUUUCACUGUGGCUGUAUUAACCACACGCACGGCUGCAAAGUGAGCAUAAUUAGAUUCCACUCUCAAAGCCUCCUGCACUAUUUCAUCCCAGUGAAAAUGUUGGUCCACUACCCCCGCAAUAGCCGUUUUGAUAACAGGUUUCAAACCUGCCAUCAAAGCAGACGUACACAUUCUAUCAAUGUACUCACGUACCCAGUCUUUUUGAUGCUGAGUACAUCUACUAAUUUUGGUUUUAUCGGUUUUGCUUUCCUGUUGAUAGAAUGCUGACAUCAAAAUGCUGGUGUAUUGAGCUUUUGAUUUUGAUUGUAUGUCAUUGUGCCAACUCACAAUAGCAUCUCUGAAUUCUUUAUUAGAUUCGAAUUUUCCGUCAGCAGGGAAGUGCUGACCAAGUUUUUCCCAUAUUCGAGCCGAAUUGGUGAAAUGCUUGUGUGCCUCUUUCAGAGCCUCUAUGGUUUUAAACUUUUCUUCCUCUAGACCCCCUUUACAGGGAGAAUCGGGGCCGCCCGUCGCCAUUUCAAUAGUUAUUUAGAUUUCCUCACCCACGGCUCUAAUACAUGCCAAUUUUAACUAUAAUUUUUUUUAGGUAGUGAUACCCACAUCCUGGAUAGUAGUUACGGUAUAGGUGCCUAAUAAUUUGGUCACGGGACCUAAUACUUUGUAUUAGAACCAAUACUGAAGCAUCUGCCAAUUUACUACUGGAGAAUACGUGAGACCUAAUGUCUUAUACCAGUGUCACGCUUCAAAUAUCACUGUUGUUGACAACACACAUAACCAAAUUGUUCACAGUUGUCUUCCUAUUUCCACAUAAUCUGUCAAGGUUGCCCACCCCAAUAGAGCAUAAACCAACCUCUGUCCUUAUUGCUACUGCUAAAUACACACAAAUCAUGUUCAAACAACUUUCAAAUAUCUUUUUGCUUUUCUAACCAUGGAUGGGGCUCUCCUCCAGAACUUAAAGGCAACCUUCUAUCACAUUCCACAUUCCCUCCAUUUGUCCUUCUCCAUGGACUACUUCUCUACAACCUACCGUACUACUACACAAGCAUGACAAUUUAUCCAUACACACACACACACACACACACACUACGGACGACUAGGAAAAAGCUCAAACUAAGUUUAUUCACCCACUGGGUCAAACAGCUGCAAAGACAAAGACAUGUUUACACAAGCACAUAUAUUUAUACCCUCCUACUAGGAGGAGUCAACUCCUUGCCCAUCUAGACAGCAAAUACAUAUAUGUUGCUAGUCAGGAACUUAAUUGGUUCCUCUCACUGGUGUAGUCAUGGCCUUGCCUCCUGCUAGAACCUUCGUGGGCAUGUAGUAUGUAUGUGUGUAAUAGGACUGUUCCUUCUCACUUCAUCUGACCUGACCUCGUUCUGAAUUCCAUUCCUCCCUACUCCAUGGCUGUCCUACCUUAUCAUUGACUGAAACCAGACUGUUGCCUUUUGCCUCCCUCCAUAGGAUUGAACAAUCACAUGUAUGACAAUGUAAACUUCCUGCCUCCACCCUUGUCUGACUCAGUAACUUUCCAUACACCUAGUUCUUAUCCACUGUCCAAUGACCCCAACAUUCAUUAUACAUGUAAAAUAAUAAAUACAUUCCAGUAUGGUAACAUCAAUAAGUAUAUUUCAAGCUAGAAUCCAACAAUAUCUAUAGUGGGGCUGUCCCCGACAAAAAUAAAUCAACUUUGUUGACCGUGAGUCGUCUGUUCUUUCGACCAACCGAUUGGUUGACAUUUUUAAACAUGUAUUUUUCCAUAUAUAGACACCCAUAUGUUUCGAAUAAAAUCAACUAUAUGUAGGCUACUGAGCUUGUCUGGUGCUUUAAGCACUGUGACUAAAAAUGAAGACACACAAAUUACUAAAGAGGGAGCCAGAGAUCAAUAAAACCAGAAAAGAAAAACCUGUUCGUUUUUAGUCCACUCACAGGCGUGAAUCAGACAGGUGUCUCGUGUGCCAUAAUUGAAAAUAUAUUUGCCACUGCUCAACUACAAAAAUCUCGGGCGACCAACAGCCUAUCGACCAAACAAUCGACCAGUCGACUAAAUGGGGUCAGCCCUAAUCCAUAGCAACAGCUCCACAGAGGCUGCUCUGCUCAAUUAUGAGAUAUUAGAGAGCAUUUAGCUUGUAGCUACUUUUCGUCACUCUCAACUCAAGGAACAUUAUUAUUUUCUGUGAAAUAAUCAUCUCUCCUGUCUUAUAUUUGACGAGGACUGAAGCACUUCUGACACCAUGUUAUGAGCACACACAAAUGGGUCAGCUUCAAAAUGUUAGUGAUACCCUGAGCCCUACCCAUACCCAAGUUCUUAAUGAAAAAACAGGCCCUACCCGGCCCUAACCCGAUGUAUAAUGUCGGGGAUCGGGUAGCAGAGCUCUAAUGUAGGGUGUCCACCCUCUCUGCCCAGAGUGGGUGAAACCGUGCUGUGGUGAUUUAAAUUUCACUUCCUUAUGUUAUAAAAUACAUUUUACCAAGACAAAUAUGAUUCUUCAUGUUCUGAAUCAUUCAGUGGGGUCUUUCUCUAACAUAUAAUUUAACAUUAUAUCCAAAAAGUCAGAUUUCGUAACCUAAUACAUCCGAUAAUAAGCACCGAGCUCUUGACAGAGCGGUACUGCUUUCUCGCAGUACCGCUCUGUUCUGGUUGUCGUGUACAAAGUUCUGGUUGUCGUGUACAAAGUUGUUUCCUCGGGUCAAAAAAGGCUUUGAAAAUAAAAGGCUUGCGGUACGCUCUUUGUUCCAUUGACAUUUCAGAGAGAUGCUUGUUUUUGUGAGAAAUCUUUGCGAUACAAAUAUGAAUUUCACAUUAAUAUGAAAAGCGUAUACUAAACUAUGAAAAUACUACAUGUCAUGUCUCAAAAUCGAUAUCUAUCUUACCUACAUUUUUUUGGGGUCCUCCGGAUACGAGAAGAAAGAUGACGAGUUCAACCGUGAGCCUGUCAGUUAGCCUUAAUUCUUGCACAGCAUCCAGACUAGCUAACGCUUUUUUUUUCUCUGGCCUCCAUUGAUUUAGUCACCCUAAUUUUGGCCAUCUGAUCCUACAAGGGUAGAAACUCCAAUAACUUUGGAACGGAUUAUGAUGGAGACAUGAGGUUUGGACCAUUGUUUUGUUUUUUAGAGGAGGAUCUAUACAAUUAACAUUAUUUUACCCAUUGGUCAAAAUAUGUGUUUUUGAUUGGAUACACUACUUUAUGAGUAGUUCUGUUAUGCUGUCCUCAUUUAAUGAACAAUGUUGCUGUAUAUGCUAGUGUGUAUGUCUGAUUCUCUUCUGUUGUGCUAUGUUUCAGAGGCACACCGCGUCGACCCCCAAACCACUGUGCUCCAUGGUGGAAAAGAGGUCCAGCUACACAGACCUCACUAUGCCAGGUGGGUAUAACACUGUCGUCAUUCAUAUCAUGUAAUGGUUGUCCAACAGAACAGACAUUACAUUUUAGUUAUUUAGGAGACACUCUUAUCCAGGGAGACUUAUAGUCAGUGCAUUCACCUAGUUUAGUAGGUAGGUUACCUCACUGCGCCAUGACCUUACAGAUGAACACCACAAGACCGAAGCAAGUCCAUCACUGAUGUCUGGAUGUAUAGCUUGGAGGUUGUAAUGGUAGAGCAGUGUGUAGCAGACAUGUGGGUGAUGGGAUAAUUCUCAGACCCACCAAGAUUGUGAGAUUGACCUCUAUCUUGAGUGUCAGGCUUAAUAAUGGAAGAAGGGACACAGGCACUGCAAUCACAUGAGGUUCAUAUCGCAGCCCAACGCAGGCAGCCCUCGGUGGGGAGGCCACAGGCUCAGACAACAGGGCUUUGUCCCAAAUGGCAUCCUAUUCCUCCUUAUAUAGAGCUCUAUAGGCCUGGUCAAAAGUAGUGCAUUUAAUAGGGAAUAGGGUGCCAUUUGGGAUGCAGACAAGGAGUAAUAGGAGCGUGCAACAGUGGAUUUAGAUCCCCGUUCACACGCUUCCUUAGAACCACCGUUGCUAACUCAGCUCACACUCAGUUUUUCCACUUAGCCUGGCACAAAAGCAGCCAACUGUGAGCCUCACAAAGCUAUACUUUUGUAUUUAGGAAAAAGUCUGCUUGCAUUAAAGGGUAUUAAUGUAUUAACAGGUAUUAAUUAAGGUGUUAACUUGGGCUCUGAAGUGUGCUUAUUUACUGGCUGGACGAUGUUAUUGGUAGGGAUCUGGUAGGGGUUAUGACUUGCCCCCUGCUUCAACCAACAUAGUUCCAUAUUUGGUUAAUCUAUAGGUCCAUUUAGAGUACUAGGGACUGUGUUCUCCAUCCCCAACAGCAGAUCACCUGCUCCGGGCCUCGCCUGGGACCCGCACCCCCUCUGCCCUCCAGAGGGUCCCCAACAUGGACUCCUCCAAGUCCCUCUCAGGUGUGUGUUUACUAUAUGUACCUGUGUCAGAGGCUGUAUCAUACAUUUGUGACUGUGUGCUGUGCUCCAAAUUACUUUAUUGUGGCUUGAUAGUGAAAGUAAUGUGAUUGUGGUACUGAUAACACUGUGGUUAACUACUUCUUCAGUCAUCACAGUGUUCCAGUAAGUGACCUUUGUCCUGUCUUGUCCCCAGUGUCCCGAAGGAGCAGUGAGGAGCUGAAGAGGAACUUGUCUGCCUCAGAGAACAGUGCCUCGGCCUCCCUCAUCACCUCCUCCCCCCAGGUCUCCUCCCUUUCCCCCACCACCUCCUCCCCCACCGCCUCAGUCACCCCCUCCACAAGGGGACGCUUACGGUAUGGACACCCUCUCGCUCUCUCUCUCUCUCUCUGAGUGUGUGUCAGAGUGUGUGUGUGUGUCUCUAUCUGUCUGUGUCAGUAUCUGUGUGUGUCUGUGUUAGUGCUGUCCCCGACCCCCCAAAAAAAUCUUGGUCGACCGAAAGUCGUCUGUUCUUUCGACCAAUCGAUUGGUCGAAAUUUUAAAACGUGUAUUAUUCCAUAUAUAGACACCAUGUGUUUUAAUAAAAUCAACUAUAUAUGCAUUCAGCUUAUCUGAUUCUUUAAGCUCACUGUUUGAUUAAAUAAUACAAAAAUUAGUCAAGAGGGAUCCAGAGAUUAAGAUAUAAAAAAACCAUAAUAACCAUAAUAAAAAAAACGUAACCUAACCCGACCAUCCCCCUCCCGCUCCUGCUGGCUUUCGCAGAUUCUGCCCUUACUCUCCUGAAGUUGCCGAUAAUAGGCUACACGAGGAGUCGGCAACCUUUCUCAUGUGGAAUGCCAAUUUAUCUUACAAUUUCUACCGAUCUGCGUGUCAGUUAUGGUUUUCAUAUGCACAUUUUCGUGGAACAGUUUCAUUUAAUUUAUAACGUCUUCGUAUCUCUAAAUCAUUGUCAUCGGGUUAAUCAAAAUUCUAUCCAAAUCUAAAUUAAAAUGAUAAAACUAAAAAGUAUAUUCUAUUGCAAUUGCCAACUAUGUAAAAAUAGCCCAAAUAAAGCCAACAAAUAAAAACAUUGCAGCCUGCAGGUAGAAAAUAUCCUGAUUUAAAAUAUAUCCUAUAAAUCACAUUGGCUACAACAAACUUGAAACAUUGUAUCAACUAUUAAUUUGUGUCCACCUGAAGCUCGCUCUACCAAACUUGCAACAGCCCUAGUCUGUGUCACUAUCUCUGUGUCAGUGUCUGUGUCAGUAUCUGUGGAUGUCUGUGUCUGUCUGUGUCCCAUCUUCCUAUGGCUCCUCUGCCCUAUAUAUAAGUAUAUCAGUAAUUAAGCAAAGUGACAGAUUGCUUGUCCAGUCUAUCAGAGGGACGCCGGGUGUGAACUGGAAAUGCCAGGUAAUUCAGGAGAGCUUGACUGGAAAUCCAAUUGACUGCAACCAAAUAUUGAGCGCUGACAACGCACACUGCUCUGAAUGGGUGACGGGCUCGACUAAAAGGACCUUUCACUAUCUCCCUCUCGUUCCUGAGCCUCCUCUCUAUCGCUCUGUCCCCCUCUUUCUCGAUCUCUCUAUCCCCCUCUCUAGCGCCCUCUCUCUCGAUCUAUCCCCUCUCUCUCUAUCCCCAUCUCUAUCCCCUCCCUAUCUCUCUAUUUAUCCCCCUCUCUCUAUUAUCCACCUCUCUCUAGCCCUCUCCAUCUCUCUAUCCCCACUCUCUCAACCCCCUCUCUAUUUCUCUCUCUACCCCUCUAUUUCUAUCCCCCUCUCUUUCCAGCUCUCUAUCCCCUAUCUCUAUCCCCUUCUCUCUCGCUCUCUGUCCCCCUCUCUAUCCCCAUCUUUCUAUUCCUCUCUCUCGCGCCCUUUCCCUAUAUCCCCCUCUCUCUAUAUCCCCCUCUAUAUCUCUAUCCCACCUCUCUCUCAUACCCCCCCCCCCCCCUUUCUUUAUCCCCACACUCUCUAUCCCCCUCUCUAUCCUCUCUCAAACUCCCUCUCUAUUUCUAUCUACUCCUCAUUUCAAUUUCAAUUUCAAUUUAAGGGCUUUAUUGGCAUGGGAAACGUGUGUUAACAUUGCCAAAGCAAGUGAAGUAGAUAGUAAACAAAAGUGAAAUAAACAGUAAACAUUACACUCAGAAGUUUCAAAAGAAUAAAGACAUUUCAAAUGUAUAUUAGUAUAUAUACAGUGUUGUAACAAUGUGCAAAUAGUUAAAGUACAAAAUGGGAAAAUAAAUAAACAUAAAUAUGGGUUGUAUUUACAAUGGUGUUUGUUCUUUCACUGGUUGCCCUUUUCUUGUGGCAACAGGUCACAAAUCUUGCUGGGUGAUGGCACACGUGGUUUUUCACCCAGUAGAUAAGGCGUUUAUCAAAAUUGGGUUGUUUUCGAAUUCUUUGUGGAUCGCUUUGUAAUCUGAGGGAAGUAUGUGUCUCUAAUAUGGUCAUACAUUUGGCAGGAAGUUAGGAAGUGCAGCUCAGUUUCCACCUCAUUUUGUGGGCAGUGUGCACAUAGCCUGUCUUCUCUUGAGAGCCAGGUCUGCCUACGGCGGCCUUUCUCAAUAGCAAGGCUAUGCUCACUGAGUCUGUACAUAGUCAAAGCUUUCCUUCAUUUUGGGUCUGUCACAGUGGUCAGGUAUCACCCUCGCUCUCUAUCCCCCUCUCUCUCCUCUCGCUCUAUCCCCCUCUCUCUCUACCCCCCCUCUCUCUAUCCCCUCUCUAAUUUUCUAUCCUCUAUUUCUCUAUCCGCCUCUCUCUGAAUUAUGACAUUUCAUGGAAGGAUUAUUUUGUCCACAGCUUGACUUGCUAGUCGGUGAAUGCAGGGGGCUAUGAGAGUAUAGUUACAGAGGAUGAAAAUAAAAAUAUAACACAUUGUAUUUUUGAGGUUUUCAAUGUCACCUCGAUGUGUUGUAGAUUUUCCUCCUUUGAAAGGUGCACUAUGAGUCAGUUUCACAGACACAGAUAAAGCCUAGUGCUGGACUGAAAAGCAAGCUUAAUUGAGAAUCUCCAUUGACAAUACUUUUUAGUCCAAGAUCAGGCUAAAUAUGUUUCUGUAAAACCACCCCUAUGUGUCUGAUCAUUCUUUCUGUUCAUGUGUUCUUUCAUGUCCUUCUGUGUGUCCAUAGGGAGGAGAGAAAAGACCCCCUGUCUGCACUGGCCAGGGAGUACGGGGGAUCCAAGAGGAAUGCCCUGCUUAAGUGGUGCCAGAAGAAGACUGAAGGAUACCUGGUACUAACCAACAGGGUGGGAAAAGGGUGGAGGGUACAGGCUGGCAUAAGACACACACGUGCAUGCACACCCCAACUUACACAACUUACUUACUCCAUCCCAUUGGACAAUGUUUGGUUUCUCUCAACAGGUUUAGAUGCAGGAAAGAAUAUCAGAUCAUUGCCGUUACUCUGUUUUUAUCAGUAAGCUUUACCCUCUCCAGGAAGUGUGCCAGACUUCGCCCUAGUCCCGGCCUCUCCUCAGCCAACAUGACCUCUCCUCUAGCUGAAACUCUGAUGGUAUGGGCAAGGGCAUAUUGGCACAGAUGGGCAUUGUGGAAAACUGUAUAGUAUAAAAAAAAAAGAGGAUUAUAGUCUCUGUUGUAGCACAAGCGUUCUUAGCCGUUCAGUUUGGGAAGUAGAACGACAAGGCCUUUGAUACUAUGCUAAAUAGCCUCUACUUUGUCGUCUUUUCUGUUGGUUUCUGGCAGGGGCAGUCCCCCAUCUCCUCUCUAAAUCAUAAAUGUUCUCUCCACAAACAGUCUCUCUCGCUCUCUCUCUCGCUCUCCCUUUUCCUCAUUUUUUUCAUGAGGACUGUACUUAAUGUGUUCAUUACCUGUGCUCUGGUGCUCCUACGAGCCAUGCUCACCGUAAACACACUGCUACCAGCCAAGCCUCUCCUACCGUAGCUCAGCCCUAUUCUUCCACAGUUAUACCUUAAUGCUCUCUACUGGGCUCCUCCUGUUUCUUUUACUCUCCAGCUCUAUCCAUCGUUGAUUCAUAUAUUGCUCCGCCAACACUGGUAAAGCAAGGGGAUGCAGAGAGAAUAAAUACCUUAAACCUAGCAAAUUUGUAUGUUCCUUGUUGAUCAAUUUGUUGGCAUUUUAACAAUCCUUUCUUUGUCAAAAGUUGUCUGAUUUUUGUGCAGGAAAAGGUUCUGAGGAAAAGAUGAGUUAUAAUAACCAGUGUGGCUCACCAUAGUUAGUGACUAGAGUGUCUCUGCCCGCAGAAUGUGUAGUCCUGGUUAACACCAAUUAGACAGGUGCUGUGAUCCUGGAGAACCAGUGAAUUGGGUUCCCACAGAGAGCAGUGACACCUCUUGGAGGAGCCCCCAGGCACUCUUCCCUCCCUUUCCCCUCCUCUUCCCUCUGUAGUGUUCCUUGUGUUAUGGCACCCUGGUGUCUGGACCAUUUCCUUCCUCACAUGUCCCCUGACACUCGGCUUCUCUGAUAACUGACCCUUAGGAGAGAGUUGAUGGCUGCCUCACUGUAGACGGGGACUGCGUCCCAAAUGGCACCAUAUUCCCUAUAUAGUGCACUAGGGGGUGGCGGAAGGUUCAAUUCAAACUCUUAUGGUUUACUUUGAGUUUCCCGUUUCUUCUUGAGUUUCCAUUGUCUCUGGUAGAGGAAGCAAUCAUCUAACCUACCUACAGUGCAUUCGGAAAGUAUUCAGACCCUUUUACUUUUUCCACAUUUUGUUACGUUACAGCCUUAUUCUAAAAUGGAUUUUCCUCAUCAAUUUACACACAAAACCCCAUAAUGACAAAGCAAAAACAGAUUUAGAAUUUUUAGCAAAUGUAUUAUAAAAAUAAAAACGGCAAUUUACAUAAGUAUUCAGACCCUUUACUCAGUACUUUAAUGAAGCACCUUUGGCAGUGAUUACAGCCUUGAGUCUUGUGUAUGACGCUACAAGCUUGGCACACCUGUAUUUGUGGAGUUUCUCCCAUUGUUCUCUGCAGAUCCUCUCAAGCUCUGUCAGGUUGGAUAGGAACCGUCGAUGCACAGCUAUUUUCAGGUCUCUCCAGAGAUGUUAGAUCAGGUUUAAGUCCAGGCUCUCGCUGGGUCACUCGAGGACAUUCAGAGACUUGUCCUGAAGCCACUCCUGUAUUGUCUUGGCUGUGUGCUUAGGGUCUUUGUCCUGUUGGAAGGUGAACCUUCACCCCAGUCUGAGGUCCUGAGCGCUUUGGAGCACGUUUUCAUCAAGGAUCUCGCUGUACUUUGCUCCGUUCAUCUUUCCCUCGAUCCUGACUAGUCUCCCUGCCGCUGAAGAACGUCCCCACAGCAUGAUGCUGCUACCACCAUGCUUCACCGUAGGGAUGGUGCCAGGUUAUCUCCAGACGUGACACUUGACAGCUAGGACCAAAAGGCUUCUUAACAGCUUCUACCCCCAAGCCAUAAGACUCCUGAACAGCUACCGGUACCCCCUGUAUAUAGCCUCGGUACUGUUAUUUUAUUGUUGCUCUAAUUUUUAUUUUUUAAUUUUUACUUCAGUUUAUUUUAGUAAAUACUUUCUUAACACUUAUUUUUCUUAACUGCAUUGUUGGUUAAGAGCUUGUAAGUAAGCAUUUCACUGUAAGGUCUACACCUGUUGUAUUCGGCGCAUGUGACAAAUAGAAUUGAUUUGAUUUUGAUUUGGCAUUCAGGCCAAAGAGUUCAAUCUUGGUUUCAUCAGACCAGAGAAUCUUGUUUCUCAUGGUCUGAGAGUCUUUAGGUGCCUUUUGGCAAACUCCAAGCAAGCUGUCAUGUGCCUUUUACUGAGGAGUGGCUUCCGUCUGGCCACUCUACAAUGAAGGCCUGAUUGGUGGAGUGCUGCAUAGAUGGUUGUCCUUCUGGAAGGUUCCCCCAGCUCCACAGAGGAACUCUGGAGCUCUGUCAGAGUGACCAUCGGGUUCUUGGUCUCCUCCCUGACCAAGGCCCUUCUCCCCCGAUUGCUCAGGUUGGCUCGGCGGCCAGCUCUAGGAAGAGUCUUGGUGGUUCCAAACUUCUUACAUUUAAGAAUGACUGAGGCCACUGUCUUCUUGGGGACCUUCAAUGCUGCAGAUAUUUUUUGGUACCCUUCCCCAGAUCUGUGCCUCGACACAAUCCUGUCUUGGAGUUCUACUGACAAUUCCUUGACCUCAUGGCUUGGUUUUUGCUCUGACAUGCACUGUCAACUGUGGGACCUUUAUAUAGACAGGUGUGGGCCCUUCCAAAUCAUGUCCAAUCAAUUGAAUUUACUACAGGUGGACUCCAAUCAAGUUGUAGAAACAUCUCAAGGAUGAUAAAUGGAAACAGGAUGCACCUGAGCUCAAUUUCGAGUAUCAUAGUAAAGGGUCUGAAAAAUAAAUAAUAAAUAUAUAUAUAUAUACACACACACACACACACACAGCUGUGGAAAAAGAGACAUGUAUGACAGCCAUUCCAUUCCAGUGUCUGUUGAAUUCCAACACAGGCACACCUCAUUCUACUGAAUUAGGUACUGAUUAGGUGAUCACAUGAACCAAAUCUUAUUUAACGAGGAAAAGUAUAAAAUCCACUGCUGUGGUCAUCACUAUCCUCUUGCAAUCGGACCAGCUGGAUGGCAAAAACUGUGCUAAUAGGACCUCAAAAGUAAUAUUAAUCAAAAAAUAACUAUUGACCAUGCCAAAAGAGUUGAAAAGGAAUGUUUUUGAGUGAGGAAAAGAAGGGUUCAAUUCUGGCUUUACUGGCAGAGGGAUACAGUGAGCGUCAGGUUGCUUCCAUCCUUAAAAUUUCAUAGACGGCGGUUCAUAAGAACAAGGUCAAGCAGCAGACAUUGUCAGUCUGUAGCUUUGUUGUCCCCAGAGGGCGAAAACGACUCUCUACUGACCGGGAUGACCGCCAACUAAUUCGAAUGUCACUCAACAACUGUAGGAUGACAUCAAGUGACCUACAAAAAGAAUGGCAAACGGCAGCUGGGGUGAAGUGCACAGCGAGGACGGUUCGAAACAGGCUCCUAGGGGCAGGGCUGAAGUCGUGCAAAGCUAGAAAAAAGCCCUUCAUCAAUGAUAAGCAAAGAAGAGCCAGGCUGAGGUUUGCAAAAGACCAUAAGGAUUGGACCGUAGAGGACUGGAGUAAGGUCAUCUUCUCUGAUGAGUCCAAUUUUCAGCUUUGCCCAACACCUGGUCGUCUAAUGGUUAGACGGAGACCUGGAGAGGCCUACAAGCCACAGUGUCUCGCACCCACUGUGAAAUUUGGUGGAGGAUCGGUGAUGAUCUGGGGGUGCUUCAGCAAUGCUGGAAUCAGGCAGAUUUGUCUUUGUGAAGGACGCAUGAAUCAAGCCACGUACAAGGUUGUCCUGGAAGAAAACUUGCUUCCUUUUGCUCUGACAUUGUUCCCCAACUCUGAGGAUUGGUUUUUCCAGCAGGACAAUGCGCCAUGCCACACAGCCAGGUCAAUCAAGGUGGAUGGAGGACCACCAGAUCAAGACCCUGUCAUGGCCGGCCCAAUCUCCAGACCAGAACCCCAUUGAAAACUUCUGGAAUGUGAUCAAGAGGAAGAUGGAUGGUCACAAGCCAUCAAACAAAGCCGAGCUGCUUGAAUUUUUGCGCCAGGAGUGGCAUAAAGUCACCCAACAUCAAUGUGAAAGACUGGUGGAGAGCAUGCGUACAUGAAAGCUGUGAUUGAAAAUCAGGGUUAUUCCACCAAAUUUUGAUUUCUGAACUCUUCCUAAGUUAAAACAUUAGUGUUGUUUAAAAAUGAACAUUAACUUAUUUUCUUUGCAUUAUUCGAGGUCUGACAACACUGCAUCUUUUUUGUUAUUUUGACCAGUUGCCAUUUUCCGACAAGAAUAAGAGUCUCUUUCAACAGCACUUUCUAGAAAGACACCAAGUGUUUGGAGUUUGGAUGCACGUGAGGUGUGUGUGUGUGUGUGCAUCCCAAUUGAAGGGCAUCCAUCCAUGUGGAGCAUUAAAUAGAUUAAGCAAACCGAACAUGAAUCCCCCCCCCCCCCUACCUACCGUACCUGGUCAUAACAACAGGGCCCGUAAAGGCCCAGACACACACACACAGUCGGACCUAAAUGGCUUCCCGUUGUAUAUGUGGGUUAGAGAGGGGAGCCGUGGGAUGCAAGUCGAUGGAGAUGAUAAACUUAUCCACUAAGCAAACACACAGUGAUAAAGUAGUUAAGCUAAUACAAUGGACUCUUUGACCCUCUCUCACUUGAGUGCAAGGCAGUGUGAAGAAACACUAGUGUGCUAAAACACAUACAGUACCAGUCAAAGGUUUGGACACACCUACUCAUUCCAGGGUUUUUCUUUAUUUUUACUAUUUUCUACAUUGUAGAAUAAUAGUGAAGACAUCAAAACUGUGAAAUAACACAUAUGGAAUCAUGUAGUAACCAAAAAAGUGUUAAACAAAUCUAAAUAUAUUUUAUAUUUGAGAUUCUUCAAAUAGCCACCCUUUGCCUUGAUGACAGCUUUGCACACUUGGCAUUCUCUCAACCUGCUUCAUGAGGUAGUCACCUGGAAUGCAUUUCAAUUAACAGGUGUGCCUCCUUAAAAGUUAAUUUCUGGAAUGUCUUUCCUUAAUGCGUUUGAGCCAAUCAGUUGUGAUGUGACAAGAUAGGGGGGUAUACAGAAGAUAGCCCUAUUUGGUAAAAUAUCAAGUCCAUAUUAUGGCAAGAACAGCUCAAAUUAAGCAAAGCAAAACGACAGUCCAUUACUUUAAGACAUGAAGGUCAGUCAAUACGGAAAAUUUGGAAGACCCAGACUUAACUCUGCAGCAGAGGAUAAGUUCAUUAGAGUUACCAGCCUCAGAAAUUGCAGCCCAAAUAAAUGCUUCACAGAGUUCAAGUAACAGACACAUCUCAACAUCAAUUGUUCAGAGGGGACUGUGUGAAUCAGGCCUUCAUGGUCGAAUUGCUGCAAAGAAACCACUACUAAAGGACACCAAUAAGAAGAAGAGACCUGCUUGGGCCAAGAAACACGAGCGCUGGACAUUAGAUCGGUGCAAAUUUGUCCUUUGGUCUUGAGUCCAAAUUUGAGAUUUUUGGUUCCAACCACCGUGUCUUUGUGAGACGCAGUGUGGGUGAAUGGAUGAUCUUCCCAUGUGUAUUUCCCACCAUAAAGCAUGGAGGAGGAGGUGUUAUGGUGUGGGGGUGCUUAGCUGGUGACACUGUCUGUGAUUUAUUUAGAAUUCAAGGCACACUUAACCAGCAUGGCUACCACAGCAUUCUACAGCGAUACGCCAUCUGGUUUGGGCUUAGUGGGACUAUCAUUUGUUUUUUUUCAACAGGACAAUGACCCAACACACCUCCAGGCUGUGUAAGGGCUAUUUUACCAAGAAGGAGAGUGAUUGAGUGCUGCAUCAGGUGACCUGGCCACAAUCCCCCGACCUCAACCCAAUUGAGAUGGUUUGGGAUGAGUCGGACCGCAGAGUGAAGGAAAAGCAGCCAGCAAGUGCUCAGCAUAUGUGGGAACUCCUUCAAGACUGUUGGAAAAGCAUUCCAGGUGAAGCUGAUUGAGAGAAUGCAAAGCUGUCAUCAAGGGACAAAGGGUGGCUAUUUGAAGAUUCUCAAAUAUAAUACAUACUUUGAUUUGUUUAACACUUUUGUUUACUACAUGAUUCCAUAUGUGUUAUUUCAUCGUUUUGAUGUCUUCACUAUUAUUCUACAAUGUAAAAAUAAAAACCCUUGAAUGAGUAGGUGUGUCCAAACCUUUUACUGGUAGUGUACAUUCUUCCACUUCAUUUGAAAGACAACAGUUUGCAUCAUCUACUGUUGUUGACAGUGGUUGGGGACGACAUGGUGAAACAUAAGAAUAGCCUAGGGCUCAGUGUUUCCUCUGCAGUCAUUUGUGGUGCUGUGCUAUGGCAUAAUCAUUGCCCCCACACAAAACAAAAGAUGGAACAUUGAUAAUAUAGUUGAGCUGAAGGUGUUCCUAAUAUUUGGUAUACUAUGUAUAUUCACUGUUUUGGGACAUAAAACGUAUCAAUAUGAUGCUAACUAGUUAAAAUAUCAUAUUUGGGAUCUACCUAAUGAUUAUCCCAAUAGGGUAAAUGCAGAUGGGCAACCCCAUGCUUCAGCCUAUUUAUUUAUAGGCCACUAUUCUGCAUCAGUUGGGCUACAGGUGAUAAUGCUUAUUGCUAAUAGCAUACCUGAUAAUAUGGACCAUGCAUAGGCUAUAUGCAUGUCAUGGUCCAAUAUGUUAAAAUAAUUUUUACAAAUAAUUUUACCACAUUUCUGGAGGUGGAAAUUAUAUUUUAAUGGAGUCAGCGAAACAAGGCUGGGGGUGGACCCCCUCCGCAAACUCUUCUCUCACUGCUACACAUUUUUGUAGAGGAAACACUGCUAAGGCUGGUAUUAGAGAGUCCUCACUGUUAUGCUGUUUCUCUCCUCUCUCCAGAACAUUGACAUCACCAACUUCAGCAGCAGCUGGAACGACGGGCUGGCCUUCUGUGCUGUUCUCCACACCUACCUGCCUGCCCACAUCCCCUACCUAGAGCUCUCCAGCCAGGACAAGGUGAGAUAGAACCUUCCUGUCAGUGGACUGAGGGGUCUAAGUGUUUGAAAAUUCAUUUUGAGUUGUGUAUACAUGUAGUUCGUUCAUCAAAACAUUUAUUUUCUCUCUCUUCCUUCAGAAGCGAAAUUUCACACUGGCUUUCCAGGCAGCUGAAAGUGUCGGGAUCAAGUCCUCAUUGGUUGGUGUCCGAGCAAAAACGAACCCAAGACAGUUCCACCAUUUGCACGAAAGGAUAUUUGUCUACCACUCAAAAGUGUAGAAUGAAAUGACCAAGAUGCUUUAUAUGGCUGGGGGGGAUGAGCGACACGUUCUCAUAUCCCUUCCUCCCCUUUGUAAGGCUUGACUAGAAAGACUGGGCAACAGAAAGACAGGGCUGAUAUAUAGUUCAGCAGCAAUGCACACCAACAGUACAUAGAUUGGCUGGCUGUAGCCUGAGGACUGCCCUUAAAAGAUGAUGUGCUCAUGUCAAUGGCAAGCAGCUCCAGCUUACUUAAGAGCAGUGUCACACCAAGGCCAGUUGACUUCAGCUUAACAAGAGGCAGACGGGGUUCAUCUUUGAGUGAUUCACUGUUUUGUCCAACACAUACUGUUGGAAAGUAUUGUGAUUUGUUACUCCUAGGCCAAGCGAUGUGUGCUUGCUAAGUCAGAACUUUAUUCCUCACCGUCUCACUGACAAUAUUCUAAACACAGAAUUUGCAGCGAAAGAAAUCCAGUGUGAUACGAAUGUGUACUGCAACACAUCUUACGUCUCUCUCUCUCUCUCUCUCUCUCUCUCUCUCUCUCUCUCUCUCUCUCUCUCUCUCUCUCUCUCUCUCUCUCUCUCUCUCUCUCUCUGUCUCUGUCUCUGUCUCUGUCUCUGUCUCUGUCUCUCUCUCUCUCUCUCAGGACAUUGGAGAGAUGGUGCACACAGAGAGGCCUGACUGGCAGAGUGUGAUGACCUACGUCACUGCCAUCUACAAGUACUUUGAGACGUGA